GCGACUCUCAUGCCAAUGAUUCUCGCGGGUCGAUUCGAUAUUUCAUAGUGUCGACGACUCAGAGUGAGGUGUUGAAGCAUGUCACAGUGUCAACAGCGUCCGCCCAAAUCGCAACUGGAGAACAGGCAGGCGGCCAACAGGACCACGGCGGUUAUUGUUCCGGCUCUGUUGAUCGGGAUUGUCGGUUAUGCCACUUGGAUCGUGGUCGUCCUUAUAGGUGCCAACUAUCUCAUCAAGCAUCAAAGUCGCAAUGGCGCGGGCAUCGCUGUCAUUGUCCUGUAUUUUAUCUUUCUGUUUCCCAUGGCCGCAAGCUAUCUGCGACUGCUCAUGACCGUACCGCAUCCUGGAUAUGUGGAAAGGGGAAGCCCUACUGCUGCAACUCCAGUCAAACCACCUCAAGAAACACCACCUCAGCAUAAUGUCCAGGCUUCAUGUACGAGUACCAAAGUUCAGGACGGUACGAACCAAAAUAACACGAAACCACGACCUGCCGCUCCUCAAGAACCGUCUGUCACUGUGUUGGACACCAAGGCCAUUCUUAGUGGGGAGUUGCCACCACCGCCUGGAACAGAAUGUUUCUACUCAAAAGAAGUCUUUGCUUGCGACCAAAACGGACUUCCUAUCUGGUGCGGAACCUGCAAUAACUGGAAGCCGGAUCGCUCUCAUCAUGGCAGUGAUUUGGGUAGAUGCGUCUUGAAGAUGGACCACUUCUGUCCGUGGGUAGGAGGAGUCGUUGGAGAGCAAAACUUCAACUUCUUUAUUCAAUUCUGCUCGUAUGCUGGAGUUUAUGCUCUGUUUGUCAUGAUAGUCAUGGCUGUGUUCAUUUCUGAAGCCAGGAGUAGAGGCAACCCGCUGGGCGGCAACUGGAUCGCUGGAAUAACCCUCGGAGCCGUCUUCACCCUAUUCGCAGGCGGCAUGUCGCUGACCAGCAUCUCACUUGGGUUGAAGAACCUGACUACCAUUGACAACAUCGGCCACCAAAGACGAGUCAUGCACAUCGCAGUACUCAUCGAUCCCAUGCAACAACGCCAACCUAGACCCAUGUCGACAGAUCACGUUAAGCACACUCAUGGAUCGGAAGAGAGCGAGGAUCCAUGGCAAGGAACAAUCACAUAUCCACUGAAUGCCAUGCCGGAUGCAUCUUCAGAGACCACUUUACCACCUCGUACAUCAUCUGCGUCUAGGACGUUUGCUAUAUUGCGCACACAUCCUGGCAUGAAUCCUUGGAACCUCGGAGCAUUCCGCAACUUCGAAUCUAUCAUGGGUGAUCACUGGUACGACUGGUUUUUGCCGCUACGACACUCGCCUUGUUGUAAUCAUGAUCGCGGAGACAGCAUGUACGAGCUCGGCCCGGACGUUGAACGACUGAAGGUAGAUGCGGGCUUAUCGUCCUCGAGUAAGAGCCGUGCAUCAAGCAGACGAAGACAUAGAAAACAUAGACAUCACAGGGAAGAUUCCGAAGAUAUGGAUAUCAUGGGGUCGACGCUUGCGAAUGUCAAUGGCGUUACAGGGAGAGAGCGAAACAGUUUCGAGUCCGUGUAGUCAAUCGUCUCGUGCUUGGCUGCAUGCUCUCACACACUUACAUAAUUUGAUACCCCUUCUUAGCAACAACAUGUAUAAUAUGAUUCACCAUAUCAACAAAGUUAAGAGUACCAGAGAGAGUGCAGAACCAUAAUAUCAAUAACUUCUACAGUCCCCAU